AUGUCGUUCAUCGAGGAGUUGUGGCAGUCGGUGUUCACUCCGGGAACCACGCCCGCGCUUAUCAAAGCCACACACGGUUCGUUUGCGCUUUUGAUUGCUUCGUUGAUAUGGCUUAUAUAUCUUAGCCGAUCCAUUCAUUUUGUCAAUUUAUUGGUAAUCGCGCUUCUUUUGUAUGGCACUGUUUUCUGGUUUAUUGGGGAGCUUGAGCGCACAAAAUUGAUGAGCAACGAGGAACUCGACAAGGCGAGCGAAAAUGCGAGUGAAAAAGAUGCAAGUGGGAGAUCUACUGCUACAGAGAAUACUGGUACAGAGAAGAAGACCACGAAACGGAAGGUGUAA